GUGUUGUGACGGUUGGGGAGUAUCUGUCAAUCAUGUAAUUUAUAUUGGUUAGGACAAAUAGUAAAAUCACAAUUUUUAAGAAUAAAUAAGCACCAUCGUUCGAAGAAACCUUGCGGUUCAGUUUGCUUGUACUUUUUCGGAAGUAGACUGACACUUUACUGGCUCGAGGAAAAGUAAACAAACAUGUCGUCACCUGAGCAACUGGCAAUUAUUCAAUCUAAAUUCACUGCUGGUGAAACAGUAGUAAUUGCAAUCGAAGCAUCAUUGAUGCAAGGAUGUAUGAGAGCUGCAAGACUCCUUGCUCUAGUCAAUAAAGGUUCAACUCAUGCCUUGGUCAUAUUACUUACGUCCAGAACACCUCCACAAGUAUUUAGUGACCUUACAAUUGAAAGAGUACUUCCCAUAGACCAUGAUUUCAAGUGUGAUCUAGACACAGAUGGAAAACAGCAAGACAGUUUAGAUGUUUAUCUGAACGUGUCAUCCAGAAAGCUAAGAUUAGUAUUUGAAAUGAGGCCUGGAGUAACUACAAGUUCAUUGGUGUCUGAAAUUUUUCGAGCUAUUGAAGUCUUUCAGAAAAACAAUAGUCCACCCACUGAGUACUUAUGGAUUCAAAAACUAACUGGCAGCACAAGAAAUUUGGAUAGUGCAACAGACGAUAUUCAAGAUGUCGCAGAUCCUCUGGUGGAACUGGAAAGUCCGGAUUUGGUUGUACCUCGACGAAAUAUAGCAACGGGUAAGACACCCGUUGCUGCUAGAGAAUCGGUGGUCCGAUAUCAAAUGGCAUGUAAAGAAGAAGAUUAUACGUAUACUGAAGUAUUCAGAAUGUUUAUUGGUACCUGGAAUGUUAAUGGACAACCGCCAAAUGGUAUAACGUUAGAGCAAUGGUUAAGUAGUGAUCAAAUCCCACCAGAUCUAUACGCAAUUGGUUUUCAAGAGUUAGAUUUGAGUAAAGAAGCAUUCCUAUUCAAUGAUACAUUGCGAGAAGAAGAAUGGCGACAAGUGGUGACGAAGUUUCUUCAUCCAAAAGGCACGUAUUAUCAAGUUGCCAUCGUGAGACUCGUAGGAAUGAUGUUAAUCAUUUUUGCACAAGAGGUGCACAAACCCUUUAUAAAGGCAGUGUCGGUACAUACUGUGGGAACUGGAAUAAUGGGGAAAAUGGGUAAUAAAGGUGGUGUUGCUGUGAGCUGCACCAUUCAUAACACAUCAGUCUGUUUCGUAAAUGCGCAUUUAGCUGCUCAUUGCGAAGAAUAUGAAAGACGAAAUCAGGAUUAUGCUGACAUUUGUGCCAGGCUUUCAUUCUCUAGUUACGUGCCGCCUAAAGGUUUCAAGGAUCAUGAUCAAAUUUAUUGGCUGGGUGAUCUGAAUUAUCGAAUUACGGAAAUGGAAAGUAGUGUGGCAAAACAUCAUAUUACGAAUGGAAACUAUGGGCCUGUGAUAGCAUUGGAUCAGCUGGUGCAGCAGAGACGUCUCGGUAAAGUUUUUCAGGGUUUUCAGGAAGCUGAGAUCAAUUUUAAGCCUACAUAUAAAUAUGACCCGGGUACUGAUAAUUGGGACUCAAGUGAGAAGGGUAGAGCACCAGCUUGGUGUGAUAGAGUAUUAUGGAAGGGUGAAGCUAUUUUACCAAUUGACUACAGAAGUCAUCCUGAAUUAAAAAUAUCCGAUCAUAAACCCGUCAGUGCAAUUUUCGAUUCGCAGAUUAGAGUAAUUGACAUAACCAAGUACCGUAAGAUACAUGAAGAAGUAAUGAAAAAACUUGAUAAGUUAGAGAAUGAGUUUUUGCCCCAAGUUAUGGUGGACACGACCGAAGUUAUAUUUGACACAAUACACUUUAUGGAGCCUAGCACUAAGGAACUUAUUAUUGCCAAUACUGGUCAGGUACCUGUUCAGUUUGAAUUUAUAAAAAAACUGGACGAUACUAGCUACUGUAAGGAAUGGUUACACAUAGAACCUUAUAUGGGUUUUAUAAAGCCGGGUGAGAAGUGUGACAUUCAGCUUGAAAUUUUUGUGGACAAGAAGUCUGCGUGCAAACAAAACUCUGGGGAAGACAAAUUGUACGAUAUUCUAGUCUUACAUCUUGAAGGUGGCAAAGAUAUAUUCAUCACCGUCCUAGCAAGCGCUUAUGAGCGUAGUUGCUUUGGUUCUUCGAUGGAAGCGUUGGUCCACAUUCGAGUACCUAUCAGGGAAAUUCCUGCUGGUAGAAUAAUGGAGCUAGAAAACAAUAAAAAUCCAACGCAAGAACCUUAUCCAGUUCCAAAGGAAGUCUGGCAACUAGUCGACAGACUAUAUCGUCAUGGAAUUAAAACAGCUGGACUAUUCCAAACUCCAGGACUUCAUAGCGAAAUUAUAGCAAUCAGAGAUUGGUUAGAUAUUGGUAGUCAAGAUGCAAUGCCUGGAGGUGUACACUCUGUAGCAGAGGCAUUGUUGUUAUUAUUAGAAUCAACAGCGGAGCCCUUAGUCCCAUAUAAUCUCCAUAACGUGUGUUUAUCUGCAGCCACAAAUUACUUACAGUGUAAACAAAUUGUGAUGCAGCUACCUGAAAUACGGAGAACCGUAUUUCUUUACAUUUGCUCAUUUCUUCAGGAAUUACUCAAUCACACAGAAGAAAAUGGUUUGGACGCUAAAACACUUGCAACCUUGUUCGGUUCAAUCUUUUUAAGAGAUCCUCCUAGAAGCCGGGACGAUCGUCAAUACAGAAGUCGAUCGAUUCAGGCAACUUUCGAUAGAAAGAAGGCAGCAUUCGUUUAUCAUUUUCUGGUGAACGAUCAGAGUGACUUUAUUCUAGGUCGGUAGUCAUGAGUGUCGAAGAUAAACAAUGAAAAUAAAUUUACGAGCACGAUAUCAGGUAUACAUACACUACACAUAGCUUCCCGAAUGACAUACUCCAUAAAGCAUCGUACGUACCGUCGUCAAAUCGACGUAAAACUCGAUCUUCAUUAAAUAAUCGUAAAUAAGUAAAAAUAGUAUGUCGUUUAACUUACGCUUUAGUAACGAAAUAUUAAUAUGCUUCGUUGUCAGAUUCGUUUACAUGCUAUAUGAAGACAUCUGUUCAGCUGUCCAUGUGUGGGCACUUUCGAGGAGCGGUGACGUUAGAACCGAAAGAAAAUUUACAACUAUUUCUCUCCUGCGUUUUUUUUUUAUUCAUCUAAUUAUUGAGUUAACCUUCCUUAUAGGACACGGAAGACGUUUGGUUAAGUGUAGGUACCAUUAUUAUAAUUCAAAGAAUAAUGUACGAAAAUGAAACAGGCGUAAUGACGGCCGCGAUAAGGAUUUGACAGAUCAGUUCGACAUUAUUCUUCUUAAUGACAAGACUUUCGUGAAUUUUAAAAUCAGAUGAUCCGGCUUUCUCUUCGCGCAAAGGAUUUGACUAAACCUAAAUCUAUCAAAUUAGUUGAAUACAAUAGAAAAAAAAUGGUUGUAGAAGUUUUCUCACUUGAAACGUCAUCAUUCCAUGUAUGUGUACAUACACAUACAGAUUUAACUGAACUGGAGCCUAACAAUGUAUGAUCUGAUAGAGCUUAAGGGGAUUUAAUAAUUAAUGUCGCAUGUUAUCACAGAUAACACAUAAACACGUAUAACCUUAAGAAAUUAUUCGGAACCAAUUGACUGUUCUUAAUAGCCAAUGUAGUUUCAUGACUUUGAGCCAUCACGAAUAAUUCUCAGGUUGAAACUGUCUUUAGAACAUUAUCAAAUGUUAUUUGUGAUACUUAUACAUUAGUAUCCAUUUGCCUUACAGCAACCCUCGUCUUUAGUUUUAUAGCACUUUUAUCUGAGCAAAUAUCGACGUAGACUUUAAUCAGAAAGCUGAUCAGUUGAGCGCAAGUUAAAAUCGUAUUUUACUCGGUUAUUUAAAGAAAAUUCAUUUGAAUUAACUCUGUAGAUAAAACUGAGUAUUUUUAUAGUUUUAUACAAAUCUAGAAAGGACAUUUCUUGAUACAAAUUUCUACCUGUUAUUUAAAAGCUGUAUUCUUUUUGCUGCUAGGGAAGCUCAGAUAAAUAUCCAAAGUACAAUCGUUCAUUAUUAUAAUUAUAACAACUCAUUACAUUUAAAUGUAUUUUGUUAGGAUUAUUAUAUUCCGGGGAUCACGAGAUAUCAGUCAUUCAAACAGUUGCACGUUAGUCCGUUUACAAAAAUACUAUGCGUAUUCUGCGAUCAUUUGAUAGAUCUAUAACGUGUCACAGUGUUAUCUCAGACACAAUCUCGUGAUCCAAGUACCUCAGUGAUAGCGGAUUAAAAAAAUGAAUGAGAUUUUAGGUAAAUUAUACGUAAUUAUAUUAGCGCCCCGAGAUUUAUCGUAUUAUUUAACAACACAGCCACCCCAUUAAGUCAUAAUAGUGCCAAUGAAUAUUAGACUAUGCAUAUGAAUAUACUUCUUAUUUUAGUACUUCUUACAUGUGAAUUACAACAAGUAUAUGUAGUAAGAUAUAUUCGCGAUAUCACAUGAAUUAUGCUUUAUUCUUCAUAAUUGUUCUCAACUGUACGAGAACGCUAGUUAUUUUAACGUGCAAAAAAAUAAUCUUUGUAUAUUGUCACCCAUGUACCGAUAUUUAUUAAACAUUUGAUAUUUAGGAA